AUGUGCAGAUGGCCGGGUCCUGCAUAUCGUCCUACAUCCAGCCCCACGUUGCAGCUCCUCCCGUCUGACAACCUCAAGGUGCAGCACGUGGACAUGCGAAUCCCAGACAACCCGCUCUAUCCAGACACAUACCGUCUGCGAUUUAUAAUCGAAAAGGAUUACCCCUUCGCUCCCCCGCAGGUGCAAUUUGUGCGACCGCAUCCGAUCCCGAUCCACCCCCACAUCUACUCCAAUGGCCACAUCUGUCUCAAUAUUUUGUACGACGGCUGGUCGCCCGCCCAUUCCCUGCAGACUGUAGCUCUUUCCAUCCAGAGCAUGCUUGCGGGCAACACCGAUGCUUCGAGGCCAGAGGGAGACGAGAGAUACUGCGCGACAGCCCCCUCGAACCCGCUGUUUUCGAGAUUUAUGUUUGAUGACGAUUCCGUAUAA